AAAAUAAAAACAACAAAGAUUUUGUCAUUUUUUUAACAGAAUUGCCACAGAAAAUAUUCCUAAUACCUGACAGAGGUAGUUAGAUUUGUUUAGCCAUUUAGAAGACAGUGCAUGUCUGAUUCAAUGGUUAGGUCUGCUGGAGGUUUCAAAAUGGCUAACAAUAGUUUACAGUGCCUUUAAGUGCAUUUCACACAUUCAUUAUACUUCUGAUUACAUCCUUGCUAUGGCGUAGUAAAUACUUUUUUACUUUAUCAAAUAAUAUUAUGUAUUUAUGAGAUUAUAAACAAAAUUCUAAUGUAUGGUAGUAUGUCACCUUGUUCAUGUGCAGAAUGGAGAAACAAAGAUUCAUGCCCUCUCAGACAGUACAACUUUGGAGGACACAGAAAAAGGAGGGGUCGUUGUCACAGGAAUCACAAAUCCAGCGAUUAACCUGAAGGAAGAUGAUCAGCUUGUUGUUGCAACCAUUCAUCUGGACCAUCUCAGUAAAGAUGAAGUGCUAAACCUGAUCAGAAUCCUCGAGCCCUACGACAAGAACCUUGAACUUAAGACAGCAAAGGAUCUGAAAGCAGAACUGUCUCGUGGUGAUCUCCAAUUAAACAGUGAGGCAGGACUUCAAGCACCAGGCGUUCAGAUUAAUGGGCUGAAUGGACAGAUAAAUGCCCCUUGCCUUAAGGAUGGCAUCUCAACCCCAGCAGUAAAUGCCAAAAUGCCACAGACUGAGCUAAAGGAUGCCACACCUAACUUCAGCCACCCAACUUUUGGCAUGUCUGCACCAAAUCUCAAAGGAGCAGGUCUGGAUGGUACAUUAGAAGCAGCUGAUGUCAGUGUCUCUACCCCUACUCUUAACACCCCAGAUGUUUCUGUUAAUGUGGACAAGCCUGAACUGAAGACCAAAACAUCCAAGUUCAAAAUGCCCACCUUUAGUCUACAUGGUAAAAAACCAAAGAUUGACAGUGAUGUGAAUUUAACCGCCCCAGACAUAAAUGCUGACCUAAAAACCCCAAAUCUUAAUCUGUCAACCCCAAAGAUUAAUGGAGAAAUUGGCACCCCUGAAGAAGACAUGAAUCUGGAUGGUACAUUAGAAGCACCUGAUGUCAGUGUCUCUACCCCUAAUCUUAACACCCCAGAUGUUUCUGUUAAUGUGGACAAGCCUGAACUGAAGACCAAAACAUCCAAGUUCAAAAUGCCCACCUUUAGUCUACAUGGUAAAAAAACAAAGAUUGACAGUGAUGUGAAUUUAACCACCCCAGACAUAAAUGCUGACCUAAAAACUCCAAAUCUUAAUCUGUCAACCCCAAAGAUUAAUGGAGAAAUUGGCACCCCUGAAGAAGACAUGAAUCUGGAUGGUACAUUAGAAGCACCUGAUGUCAGUGUCUCUACCCCUACUCUUAACACCCCAGAUGUUUCUGUUAAUGUGGACAAGCCUGAACUGAAGACCAAAACAUCCAAGUUCAAAAUGCCCACCUUUAGUCUACAUGGUAAAAAACCAAAGAUUGACACUGAUGUGAAUUUAACCACCCCAGACAUAAAUGCUGACCUAAAAACCUCCAAUCUUAAUUUGUCAGGCCCACAGAUUAAUGGAGAAAUUGGCACCCCUGAAGUAGACUUGACUUUGCCAAAAACUGAGCUCAGUGGUCCAAACCUGGACAUCGAAACACCAAAAGCUAAUAUUGAAGCUCCCUCUGGCAAGAUUAAAUUUCCUAAAUUAAAGAAACCAAAAGCUUCAAAAGUGAAAGUACCAGAGGCGAGUGUUGGUGCAAAUAUUUCUGCUCCAAAUUUAAAUGCAGAUGUUAGUGCACCAAAUGUUGACACUGAUCUGCCAAGAGCCAAUCUUGAAGCUCCAGAUAUUAAAUCUCCUGAUGUCAAUAUAAAUGCUCCCUCUGGCAAAAGAAAAUGGGCACCAUUUAAGAAACCCACAUCUGGUCAGAAGGUUAAAGCACCAGAGGUUGGCUUAGAUGUCUCAACACCUGAUUUAAGUCUCUCAGCACCAAAGAUAGAUGGGGAUAUCAGCAUCCCAAAUACAGAUGUCAAUUUACCAAGUGCUGAUGUUGAUGUAAAAGCACCUGAUGUAGACAUUAAUGCUCCGUCUGCAAAGCACAAGUUCCCCACUUUUAAAAUGCCAAAGCUAAACUUGCAUAAAUCAAAGCUGAAAACUCCAGAUCUAAAUGCAGGGGUACAAGCACCAGACUUGGACAUGUCAGCUCCUGGAGUAGAUAUUAAUCUGCCAAAAGCUGAACUAGAUGGACCGAAUAUAGAGGUCAAGACACCAGACCUCAACCUCUCUGCACCAGUUCUAGAUAUUAAAACUCCAGCUGUUGAUGUGAUGACACCAGAUAUUGAUAUAGAAACUUCAUCUGCAAAGUUAAAUAAGCCCCAUGUUAAACUGCCUAAAGCAAAUCUAUCUGGGCCUAAAAUGAAAGGUCCAGAUGUAGACCUCAAUGCACAGGCAGAUCUCCAUGGACCGAACCUAGAUGUGAAAGCUCCAGAUCUCAGUCUUUCAGCACCCAAAGUGGAUGGCAAAUUGAGUGCUGCUCCACAUGUAGAUCUGAACUUGCCAGAUGCUAAUGUCAAAAGUCCAAAUGUAGACCUCGAAGUCCCAGACAUUGACAUAAAUGUGCCUAAAGUAGACAUUGAUGCCCCUUCUGGCAAAGCCAAGCUACCUCACUUUAAGAUGCCUAAAUUUGGUCUUUCUGGACAUCAUGUUAAAACCCCAAAUCUAGAUGCACCUGAUGUAGAUGUGAAUAUCCCCUCAGCAGAACUCAAAGGACCUAAUGUAGAUGUUAAAGCACCCGAUCUUAGUGUUUCCACACCUAAAUUUGAAGGUGACAUUUCUUCUCCCUCUGUAGGCAUUGGCCUACCAAAGGCCAACUUGAAUGCUCCAACUGCAAACAUUGGGGGAAAUCUAAAGUCACCAAAUCUCAAUCUCUCCACCCCAGAUGUAGACAUAGACUUGCCAAAAGCAGAACUUGAAGGACCUGAUGCUACCCUUAAAGUCCCACAUGUUGACAUUAAUGCGCCAUCUGGAAAAAUGAAGUUGCCACAUUUCAAUUUGCCAAAAAUGAAUUUCUCGGGGCCAGAAGAUAAAGGGCCUGAGCUGGAAGCUAACACAGAUCUAGAUCUCUCAGUUCCCAAACUCAAAGGAGAAUUAAAUGCCCCUACUGUUGACCUAAAUCUUCCCAAAGCUGAGAUCAGUGCGCCUGAUGUAAAUGCAACUAUACCAAAAGCUGAGGUCAGCAUUCCCAAUCUAGAUAUCAAGACCCCAGACUUAGAGGCUCCGUCUGGAAAGUUGAAACAGAUUACAUUUAAGAAACCAAAAGUUGACCUUUCUGGUCCAAAAGUGAAGACACCUGAGAUUGAUUUGAAUACAGAAGCUCCUGAUCUUAGCCUCUCAGCUCCGAAUGUUGAUGCAGAUGUCAAUGUGCCAGAUGCCGAUAUAAACCUUCCCAAAGCAGAUAUUGACAUCAGUGCUCCCAAAGGAAAGUUUAAAUUCCCAACACUCAAAAAGUUUAACCGGUCUGGUCCAAAAGUCAAAUCUCCUGAUAUUGACAUUGCUGCUGAUGUAAAUGGACCAGAUCUGAAUCUAUCUGCACUUGGAGUUGGUAGUCCUGAUACUGAUGUGAGUCUCCCAAAAGCUGGGGUUGAUGUAGACAUUCCCACAGCAGACGUUGACAUCAGUGCUCCCAAAGGAAAGCUGAAAUUCCCAGAACUCAGAAAGUCCAACCUAUCUGGUCCAAAAGUCAAAUCUCCUGAAGUUGACAUAGCUGCUGAUGUAAGUGGACCAGAUUUAAACCUAUCUGCACCUGAGGUUGGUACUCCUGAUACUGAUAUGAGUCUACCAAAACCUGUGGUUGAUGUAGAUGUUCCCACAGCAGAUGUUGACAUCAGUGCUCCCAAAGGAAAGUUUAAAUUUCCAACACUCAAAAAGUUUAACCGGUCUGGUCCAAAAGUCAAAUCUCCUGAUGUUGACAUUGCUGCUGAUGUAAGUGGACCAGAUUUGAACCUAUCUGCACCUGAGGUUGGUACUCCUGAUACUGAUAUGAGCCUACCAAAACCUGUGGUUGAUGUAGAUGUUCCCACAGCAGAUGUUGAAAUCAGCGCUCCCAAAGGAAAGUUUAAAUUUCCAACACUCAAAAAGUUUAACCGGUCUGGUCCAAAAGUCAAAUCUCCUGAUGUUGACAUUGCUGCUGAUGUAAGUGGACCAGAUUUGAACCUAUCUGCACCUGAGGUUGGUACUCCUGAUACUGAUAUGAGUCUACCAAAACCUGUGGUUGAUGUAGAUGUUCCCACAGCAGAUGUUGACAUCAGUGCUCCCAAAGGAAAGUUUAAAUUCCCAGAACUCAGAAAGUCCAAACUAUCUGGUCCAAAAGUCAAAUCUCCUGAUGUUGACAUUGCUGCUGAUGUAAGGGGACCAGAUUUGAACCUAUCUGCACCUGAGGUUGGUACUACUGAUAUUGAUGCAAGUCUACCAAAUGUUGGGGUUGAUGUAGAGGUUCCAGGCAUCAACACUGAAGCUGAGAGCUCCAAGCAUAGAAUAAAAUGGCCAUUCUGGCGAAAAUCUACUGAAUCAAAUGAUGCAGAUAUAAGCAUUAAAGCACCAGAAGUAAAUGGUACCACUGGAGAAAUUAAACUCCCUGAAAAUAUACCAUUGUUCAAGCCUCACCCCCUACCUGAGAUGAAAAUGGAGAGAAUCUUACCAAUAUUCACAGGAGGGGUUGACCUCAGUGCUGACCCUACAAAAACAACUACUGACACUGUUGUCUCAGUCUCGUCAGUCAAGACUUGUCUUAAUGCUUCUCCUCCAUCUGCUGGGGACAGUGGACAAACAGCUUCUGUAGAUAUCCAGGAAAAGCUUCGGUUAUCUAAUGCACGUACUACAAGCCCAGAUUUAUGCAUAUCUUCAGAACCAGGCAGCCCUACAGAAGUGAAUAGAGGAACAUUUAAAGUCACCGAGCCUGAUGCUGCAAAGGACUACCAAGUAACUGAUACAACUAGCAAUGAAGAGGACGCCAAGAUUACCCUCAGCUUGAACAACAUGCUUGGUUUGUAAACAGACUAAACUUUAAAUAAAACCAGGAGUCUUGUUAGUGUUGUUCCACACCCACUGCAUAUAGUUAAUACAUAUGUAAAACAAUACAUACUUUUAAAAUGGGUAGAGUAUUGACAGAGAACCAUUAUAUAAUUUGACAUAUGACAUUAUUUUUAUAUUCAGCUAUAUACAUAAUUGUAUAAAGUCCUCUUUAAAUGUGCAAUGAUUGUAUCUCCUCAAAACAUGAAGGAAAAAAUUAUGAAUCUGUAAUUCUAUUUUGUCACUAUUUUAUGUAAUAAUAUCUAGUCUCUUGUUUACACUUAUUUUCAUUCCAUAUAUAUGUCAGUAUUGCAAAUUGGAAAAAAUAAAAUAAAAUAAACGAACAAUAACUUUUAAGCGCAAAAUUUACAUCAGUAAAAUAACUUUUCUUUGUUUGUUUCAUAAAGCAUGUACCUAUAUCUGUUAGCGCACAAAUGUCUCAAAAUUCCUUAAUAAAGUUUGAUAUGAACAUUGCAUGGACAAUUCAUUUUAACACUCAUAUUUUGAUUUCACACCAUUAUACUGCAUGCUUUGAAAUUUAAUAUUAUUUUGGUGGAGGGGGGGGUGCACAACGCCUUAUCUGGGAAUUUCUCCCGGGAAAAACGCAUCCGUUUUUUUAACGCUAACUUUUUAUAAACAAGUCCCAGUUCAAGGCUGGAUUUGCACAUCCUUUGAUACUGAAAGAUGGAGCAGUCCAUGCUAUAAAAGAUCCCG